UUGAAAUCACUGUUUGAGUUAACUCUCAGAGCCACUGUACGAGCUGACUUCUCAUUUGUAGCCGUUAUAGUCCUUCGGUAGAUACACUGCUUUGUGUCAUACAUUCACGGACACAGCAUAUUAACUAGUUUUCAUCUGUCCACUGUGUGGUGAAGAAAACUUGAGCUUAUUUAAAUUAACCGUUAUGGCGACUUCUACCCCAAGCCGUGAAGCUGGCCGCUUGGCGGCCUCCACACCUCUCUCCCCGACCCGGAUCUCUCGCUUACAAGAGAAACAGGAUUUACAGCACCUGAACGACAGGCUGGCCGUGUAUAUCGACCGUGUGCGGGCAUUGGAACUGGAGAACGAUCGGCUAAUGGUCAAAGUGUCUGAGAAAGAGGAGGUGACUACUAGAGAGGUGACAGGUCUUAAAUCUCUGUAUGAGGCAGAGUUGGCCGAUGCUCGACGGGUUUUGGAUGACACUGCGAAAGAUAGAGCCAGGCUACAGAUAGACCUUGGCAAAGCCCAGGCUGAACUGGAUGAAGUGACUCGCAGUGCCAAGAAGAAGGAAAGUGAUCUUGCUGCAGCUUUGUCCAGGGUCAAUGGUUUGGAAGGCCAGUUGAACAAAAGUGAAGCAGCUCUUUCUACAGCUUUAGGCCAGAAUUCUUCUCUGACCUCUGAGCUGGCUGAUGUCAAGAACCUGUUGGCUAAGGCAGAGGACAGCCAUGCUGUUGCGAAGCGACAGUUGGAGGCAGAGACGCUGAUGCGUGUAGACUUGGAAAACCGCUGUCAGUCACUGAGUGAAGAGUUGGAGUUCAGGAAGAGCAUGUUUGAAGAGGAGGUGCGUGAAUCGCGACGUCGACAGGAGCAGAGGAUAGUCGAAGUGGACUCUGGUGUCAGGCAGGACUAUGAGUUCAAACUGGCACAAGCUCUCCAGGACUUAAGAAAGCAGCACGAUGAACAAGUAUCUUUUUAUAAGGAAGAACUGGAGCAGACCUUCCAGGCUAAGUUGGAUAAUGCCAAGGUUUCUUCAGAGAUAAAUGACAAGGCAAUGAGCACAGCAAGGGAGGAGCUGCAGGAGUCCCGUACAAGAAUAGAGGGUCUUGGAUUUCAGCUGAAUGCACUGCAGAAGCAGCUGGCUGCCUCAGAGGAUCGUAUUAGAGAGCUGGAGGAAAUUCUUUCAGCAGAGCGAGAAAAGCAUCGUCGUGCCAUUGAAGGAAAAGAACAAGAAAUGAGUGAAUUAAGAGACCGGAUGAAUGCCCAGCUCAGUGAAUAUCAGGAACUACUGGAUGUGAAGCUCGCCCUAGACAUGGAGAUCAAUGCAUACAGGAAACUAUUGGAGGGAGAGGAGCACAGGCUGAAGUUGUCCCCCAGCCCAUCCACUCGAGUCACAGUUUCCAGGAUAACAGGAUCUUCCUCCUCCCGCUCCAAGAGAAAGAGAGUUGAAGUGGAGGCUCAGGAUAUGUCCGAAGGGGAAAGAGGAGAGGGGCAGCUACGGUUUUCAGAAGAGGCCACAGCUAGUGGAGCAGUUACCAUAUCCCCUACUGACAUGGAUGGAAACGCAGUCACACUGACCAACGAUACUGAUCAGGACCAGCCACUGGGCAACUGGAGGUUGAAGAGACAGGUUGAUGACAAUGAUGAGAUAACCUACAAGUUCUCCCCAAAGUUUGUUCUCAAGGCUGGACAGUCAGUCACGGUGUGGUCUGCUGAUGCUGGUGUGGCCCACAGUCCACCAUCUGACUUGUUAUGGAAGAGCCAGGCGUCCUGGGGCACAGGGAAUGAAAUGAUCACCGUUUUAGUUAACGCUGAUGGCGAGGACGUGGCAAGUAGGAGAGUAUCCAAAACUCAGGUGGAAGUAGAGAACGGAGAGGAAGAGGAAGAGGUGGUGGAACAAACAGGCAAGGUGUCAUCCAGAGAGUGUGCCAUCAUGUAAAGCCUUUCAGUCGACAUUUGGUUUGAUGUCAUCUUUUUUUGCUCCAAGGCUACUCAGAUAUAAUUAUGUCCAUUGCAAUUGUUGUUUAAUCAUUCAUGAUAAUGUAAGACUUUUUGGACUAAUGGACUUUCUGAUUUCUGGACCCAUUUAUAUGAGUCACUUUUUAGACAUCAUAACCUAUUUCCCAUCAUCUCUGAACACACAAAGACAAUGGAUCCAAAUGCUUGGUCAAGCAGUGGGUUAUAGGAGAAAAGUUUAACCCCUUUUGAAAGUACUUCAGAAGUCAGUCAUUUAUUUCACUUAUGUUAAAUCACUCAAAACAUUUGGUUUCACUCCUCAUGUACAGGGCAGAUAUAUAUGGGUUGCAAAAAUGUGUUAUUGGAGUUACAGUGACUCUAAAAAGUUUACAUAUCCCUUGUCUCAUUUUGUAACAAUAAAUGAGGCCAAGAAAUAUUUUAACUUUUUCCACCUUUAUUGUAACAGUAACAUACACAUUUAAGUUGAAAUACAACCCAAAUAUUUUAGGGGGAAUUGGUAAAAAAAAUAUUUUGAAAUUAGCAAAAACCUGGUUGCAUAAAUAUGCACACCCCUAGACUAAUAUUUUAUUGAAGCACCUUUGAUUCCAUCACAGCAAUCAGUCUUUUUUUGUACAAGUCUACCAGAGAAACCUGUCCAGACCUUAUAAAAUUUGCCCACUCUUCCUUGCAGAAGCUCUCAAAAUCUGUCUGAUUACGAGGGCACUUUCUGUGCACAGCCCCCCUCGGGUCACCCCACAGAUUUUCUGCAGGAUGUUCAUCUUCUUCUGGUGAAGCUGUUCUUUUGUUGAUUUAACAUCACAAAGUGGGACACACAACAGGAGUGUAUAGACUUUUAGAGCCCCCUCAGUUAAGAGUCAACGUGCUCAUAAAUGGGAUUUUGAUUGGAUAUAAGUUUUUAUUUCUUUUUUCAAAGGAUGCUCCGGUGCUUUAGUUGAACAUGGGUAUUGUCUGCUGUCAGCCCUGUUGACAAACAUCAACCAUGUGGCUUUAACAAAUGUCAGUAGUCAGUGUUUAUCUGUUCUGUCAUGUCAAUGUUGGCAUCUUGUUCAACUGCUAAUUCAAAUAAGAAAUCACAGGUUUGACAAACUUUUUAUUUUUUAUGGUCAGACACAAGAGAAAAUGCUGGCAUACUGGGAGUCUUACACCAAAGGUAGUAAACAAAAGAAAGUAUUGGUACCAGCACAGCUUAAUUUAUUUUUAACAUCAUAAGGCCCUGAUUUCACAAUCAGUGCAUCUCUACUUUUUCCAAAAUCAAUAAUUAAGGUCUUAUUUAUGACUUUUCAUACCUAGGAUUUGUUCAUGUGGUGACCCACAUUGAUUUUGCAUGGCAGGACAGUCACUUCUGUCUUGGCUAUUUUUUCAUUCCUCUGAAAUAUCUACAUUCAAAAUUAAAGGCAGUUUGGAAAAAAAUCCAGGCACACUGGAUUGUUGCAAAUCCUGAUCACAUUCAUGAGGCUGUAGUCUCACCUCCCGCUAAAUCAGCAACCUUGGUUAAAUGUUUUCUAAGAUGGUAACUGAAUAUUGUUCAUUUUGUUUCAUUUCACUUAAUAGAUAUAAAUAUAGAAUUUAAAGACAAAACAGUUGCAAUUUGACUGCAAAGUUUUGUAAGGACUUGAUUGGAGCCAUGUGCAUUUUUAUCUGCAGGUUCCUUGUUAAAAUUGCGAUUUUCAGCCAAGUGUUUGGGGCUAAAAGCAGCCUGCACGCCUCUUUAAAAGAAACACUACAGGUUUGCAGACAACCGUUUAUUUCAAGAAAGAGAUUGGUUAUCUUUUCAGCCUUUGUUCCAACUUAGUGAAAAUGUCUGACUCCAUUAAAAAGCCAAACCAAAAUGUAAAAUUUCGAAUAUAGGAGCACUCUUUUUAAAACAUAAAAACCAGAGGAAUAAGUUGUGAGCCAGUUGCAUUGGCAGUUGAUUCUCAGUAAGAUACAUUUGAGGGCCUUCAAGACAAACUAAUAUUUAAGAUCCUUAACAGUAAAAUCCCUGAGAGUACAGGAGAGUUUCUGUUUUAAAGAUGAUCAUUUUCAUGCUUUUCCUCUGACAUGAAAAAGUCCCUUGCAGUCUUCUGCCUCUCACUUACCACAGUACCAGUAGUAUGACUAGGAGCCAAAUACCAGUGGCUCUCAGUCUUGUUAGAUGUCUACUCUUUGUGAUCCAGGUCCUGAGCAGAACUUGCACAUAGAGUUGCUAGCCAGACCACUCUGGGAAGAAAUAGAGUUUGGGCAAUUUAUCAAGAUUACUGCCCUUGUUCUAGUUAUACAUGCACUGCAGGAAAAUUAAUUUAUUGAUUGGAGCAUGUCUAAUUGUUGCGAUAGGUGGAUGUAUGCCCCCCCUUCAGCUAGUUAGUACAGACCUCCUAGUUUACCUUACUGACAACACUGCAGCAGCUAACUAGUUGUAGGUCUAACAGUAAAAACAUUGACAAACCUUAUAGCUCUAUACGUUUCAUACAACUUAAUGCCCAGUUUUCAUACAAACAAAAUGAAACCUACCUCUAAUUUUGGUGAUAACUUAAGCCAGAGAGCAUAUGGCUCAUGUAAAGCUUAGCAUUUAUGCCAUUAAUAUUCAGCCUGAAGCAGUGGGGAUGUUUGUGAACAAGCCAGCUGUGCAUGCCUGCUCUUUAAUGUGAACAAUGGAAGUUGACUCCUGUUUGAGAGUUGAGUGAAAUUUAUACACACAUGUGAGUCAUAGGUCACAAUAUAGUUGCUAUUUUAAUGAAGCCAUCAGUUUACAAAUGAACAGCCAAAGAGCAGACGCUGAGCUGAUCCAAAUUAUCUGACUAAAUUAAAAGAGCCACUUCCACGACUACAUUAUGGAGACUGUGAGCAUGUGCAGAGUGCCUAGUUGAGUCUGCUCUACUUGAGACGUAUGCAAGUGUUCUGUUUUACAUACAAUUUAUGCAGUCACCAGGUAUCUCUGCUAGGUUAUAGUCAAAGUCUAGCCCACAUUGACCCCACACUCAAUGCAAAGUAGCGUCUGUGCUACACAACAAUGGCUGAAUUUGGCGACAGUUAUAACCUGUUGGGUUUGAUUUUUUUGUCUUAACUUGGUUGCUAUAUUUACAUAUUGAAAGUAGCCUUCUGACUGGCUGUCAACCUGAAAUAUAUCAUUGCCAGUGUUUUUUAAGUCUAUAGAUUGAACAGUGAAGCAAAACUUUGAACUUGUAUAAGAUGAAAUUGUUAUGAGUAACAUUUUCUCUCUCUGUAAUCCUCCAUGUUUGUAUGAGUGUUGCUCACAGCGUGUGGGCCCUUUGGGAAACUAAUUUUUCUUGAGUGUUUGUAUGCUGUGCUUUAAACCGCUAGUUAUUUUUCUAUAGAUUUUUGUCUGUGUAAUCAAUUUGUUGAAAUUAAAUAUAUUGUAUUCAUUCUUUUUAGGAUUAUCUUGGUUGAUUAAGGUUGACAUUUUAUUGACCUUAAGAGAAGACUAAGUCUGUUUUGGCUUUAAGUAUAUUCAUGGACUGUGACAGGGAUAAAAAUGUGUAUUCCUGUAAUUUUCUACUGAGUUUAAAAUCUUCCCUUGGUAAAAGCAGGAUGUCAAAUAUAAUUUUUUUUUAUUUUUUUGAAGGGGCAAUGGGGUUAAAGGAUCAGUGUUUCAUUACUAAAACCUUCAAAUUCAGUUUAUCAAUACUUUACAAAUUUUCAAAGGGACUAAAUAGGUAUUUUAUUUGUUCCUCUCAGCUCUCAUUGCAUAUUGGUAUGAAUCAUCCUUGUUUUUUGGUCACCUUUUACUAUAAGGAUUGUAAAAGACCUGUAUAUGAAAAAUGAAAUGUUCUGCAACAAUGUAGAUGUGACUAAUAGUUUAGUCGAGAACUUUAUAAUAGCCAAGAUUUAACCACUGAAUUUGAGGGGGGCGGGGAUGUUUUCAUGUGUUUUACUGUUGCAUUUAUUUCUUUUUUUACACACAAUAAAUGUUUUACAUAUA